GAGGCCAUUGAAGAUGACACUCUUGAUGGCAGUUGGUUUUACUCAAGUUCGGAACAGUUCCAGAAUAUUUGGAUAUCCACUGCUGCUACCACCUUUUGAACAAGCUGUAUCACUCCCCAAGAUGUUCUUUACAUCUACACUACAACAUCUACAACCAUCCUCCACCCCCAACUCUAAGCUCUGAGAGUCCUAAUAAGAUUUAUCAAAUCAGGUGACAGUUGGUAAUCUUUCAUCCUAAGGAAAGCAUCCUACAAACAUCAGAGAAAGGCAGAAAGGAGAAGGAGGUGGAUCAAGAGGGACAGCGAAAGAUCCAGGAUAAAAUUAAUAUAGAGAAAAGAAAGACUACUGAGAAAGUGAAACUAGCCGAAGAAGAGAUUCUAAAGUGUAGGACUGUAGAGAAAGUAAAGCAGAAGCUUUUAAAAAGAAAGGCUAGGAACGGCUUCUACUGAUGGAAUAAAGAAAAACGUAUCUCCAACCAUAUGUUUUUUGGAUAACACCUAUUGGUGUAUUAUAUAUAAACAGGGUUGUUGUAACUGGAUAUAAAGUAUGAACAAUUGAAAGCAGAAAAGACAGAUAAAGAAGAAUCAGGAAAAAGAACGCAUAUCAAAAACAGAUUUCUGCAUCAAAGGAGGGCUUAGAGGCCCUCGGCACUGAACGGAAAGACGCAGACACCCAAGGUCCAGGAGGUGGAGCAGGCAGAGGAUCCUGACACAGGAGGGGACAUCUCAGAGAUGGGCAGCGGAGCCAGUGCAGAAGAUAAGGAGCUGGCCAAGAGAUCUAAGGAACUGGAAAAGAAACUACAAGAGGAUGCAGCAAAAGAUGCCAAGACUGUCAAGCUCUUACUGCUAGGUGCAGGAGAGUCAGGGAAGAGUACAAUUGUCAAACAGAUGAAGAUCAUCCACCAGGAUGGAUACACAGAGCAAGAGUGUUUGGAGUUUAAAUCUAUAAUAUAUGGAAAUGUGCUGCAGUCUAUCCUGGCCAUAAUCCGAGCCAUGUCCACUCUGGGUAUUGACUAUGGGGACAGCAGCAAAGCGGAUGAUGGACGUGUCCUCUGCCACCUGGCAGACUCUAUUGAAGAAGGUACCAUGCCUCCUGAACUGGUGGACGUCAUAAAGAAGCUUUGGACAGAUGAAGGUGUGCAGGCCAGUUUCGACAGAGCAGCGGAAUAUCAGCUCAAUGACUCUGCUCCCUAUUACUUGAACGAGCUGGACAGAAUCACAGCCACUAAUUAUAUCCCCAACGAACAGGAUGUUCUGCGUUCGCGAGUCAAAACUACAGGCAUUAUCGAGACUCAAUUCUCCUUCAAAGAUCUUCACUUUAGGAUGUUUGAUGUCGGUGGUCAGAGGUCAGAGCGCAAGAAGUGGAUUCACUGCUUUGAGGGAGUGACCUGUAUCAUAUUCUGCGGAGCCCUGAGUGCAUAUGACAUGGUUCUGGUGGAAGAUGAGGAAGUGAACCGGAUGCACGAGUCUCUUCAUCUCUUUAACAGUAUUUGUAAUCACAAGUUCUUUGCUGCAACAUCCAUCGUUCUCUUCUUGAACAAAAAGGACCUAUUUGAGCAGAAAAUUAAGAAAGUCCACCUGAGCAUCUGUUUUCCAGAUUAUGAUGGUUCAAACACAUAUGAAGAUGCUGGAAACUAUAUAAAGAAUCAAUUCCUCGACUUGAACAUGAGAAAAGAUACAAAAGAGAUCUAUGGUCACAUGACCUGUGCCACUGACACAAAGAAUGUGAAGUUCGUGUUUGAUGCGGUGACCGAUAUCGUCAUUAAGGAGACCCUGAAAGACUGUGGGCUCUUCUGAGCUUUUUGGCAUCUUUUAGCUCUCUGAUCUUAUCUCCUAUUUUCUACUUCUACAGGAUGAAAUGAAGAGGACCUUUGCAGGAAACCUAUGCCCCAUAACUUCAAAACAAAGCCGAUCAUCAAAAGCAUAGAACCCUCCAUCAUGCUAAUCGUAGUAACAGAAGGCCAAUAAUAAAUAUAAAUGCAUGUAUUUAAAACGGACUCUACAACAAGCUUUGAAUGACACACAGGUGAUCAAUCAAACCCAGAUACUCAUAGUAAAAUACGUCAGGCCAACAGAUGCAUACUGUUGGUCAUCCACACCUCCACCAUAUGCAUGCCCCACCACGCAGUGUAUGAUACAACUAUUACCCUACAAAUGCAACUUUUAAUAUAAAUAAGUCACCCACUAAAAUUAAUAUAUCAACCCCUCUGGCCAAAAUGCCAGAACAUUAUUUAUGCAUUAAACUUAUUAAGCAGUGUGAA